GGUUUGCGCACUCUGAUUGGCUGGAUGGAAGGAAGCUGCCACCUGCUCCCGUGGCUCCAGCUCUUGGCUAUCAAGUCCUGGAGCUACUCCGGCUGUCGCGUAGAGUUGCUGUGUCAGUAGGAGAGAGACUGUCAUCGCGGGGCCGGGUGGUGCGAGGAUUCCUGGGAGCCAUGUUGUCAGAAGCCCUGCUGGUGUCUGCUCCAGGGAAAGUCAUCCUCCAUGGAGAGCAUGCCGUGGUCCAUGGCAAGGUAGCACUGGCUGUGGCCUUGAACUUGAGAACAUUCCUCCGACUUCAGCCCCACAGCAAUGGGAAAGUGGGCCUUAACUUACCAAACACUGGCAUCAAGCGGGUUUGGGAUGUGGCCAGGCUUCAGCUGCUGGGCACAAGCUUUCUGGAGCCAGGUGACAUCACAACGCCCACCCCAGAGCAGGUGGAGAAGCUGAAGGAGAUGGCGGACCUCCCCGAGGACUCUGCCAACCACAAGGGCCUGGCUGUGCUGGCCUUCCUGUACUUGUACCUGUCCAUCUGCCGGAAGCAGAGGGCCCUGCCCAGCCUGGACAUCACCGUGUGGUCGGAGCUGCCCACUGGCGCUGGCCUCGGCUCCAGCGCAGCCUACUCCGUGUGUUUGGCAGCCGCCCUUCUGACUGCAUGUGAGGAGAUCCCCAACCCCCUGAGGGAUGGGGAGUCCACCAGCAGGUGGGCCACAGAGGAUUUGGAAUUAAUCAACAAGUGGGCCUUCCAGGGGGAGAGGAUGAUUCAUGGCAACCCCUCUGGAGUGGACAACGCGGUCAGCACCUGGGGAGGAGCUCUCCGGUACCAAGGAGGGAAGAUUUCACCCCUAAAGAGGCCACCAGCUCUAAAGAUCCUGCUGACCAACACCGGAGUCCCUCACAGCACCAAGGCCCUGGUGGCAGUUGUCAGGAGCAGGCUGCUUAAGUUCCCAGAGAUCGUGGCCCCCCUCCUGACUUCCAUAGAUGCCAUUUCCCUGGAGUGUGAGCGAGUGCUGGGAGAGAUGGCGGCGGCUCCGGCCCCAGAGCAUUACCUCGUGCUGGAGGAGCUCAUCGACAUGAACCAGCACCACCUGAGUGCCCUCGGUGUAGGCCAUGCCUCGCUGGACCAGCUCUGCCGGGUGACCAUGGCCCAUGGACUGCACAGCAAGCUCACUGGCGCAGGCGGCGGGGGCUGUGGCAUCACGCUCCUCAGGCCAGAUCUGGAGCUGCCAGAUGUAGAGGCCACGAAGCAGGCGCUGACCAGCUGUGGGUUUGACUGCUGGGAGACUAGCAUCAGUGCCCCUGGUGUCUCCGUCCACCUGGCCACCUCCCUGGACACCCCCGUCCAGCAAGCCCUGGGUGGCUUGUGAGAUGAGCCCAUGCUGCAGCCCCACCAAGAAGCCCCUUCCUGGAUUAUUAUGGGUACUGACCUUGGCCCCUGUGCUGGCCAAUGGGCAUGCGGCUCCUGAAACUGACAGAGAGGCCCCCAGCCUCUGAUGCCUCUCCUGUUGGCCAUGGCCCUCCAGUCCCAGCACUGGGGCCUGGAACCUGCAGUGGCUGGGCUGCCCAGAAGACAUGGUGUAUUCUGCAUUCUCUUGAGCUGGCCACACAGUGGGGCUGUGUGGGGUCCUCAGAGACUUUAGACCUGAGAAGUAAGGGGCUGUCCUGUCCUCUCUGAAGCUCCCACAGACCCAAUCUGUUUUGGGCCUCUGCCUCAACCCCCAGGCCCACUUGGUUGGGUGCCAGGUGCAAGGGUCUGUUUCUGGAGCAACGUGCCUUUCCCCACCCUCCACUCUGUACUUCUACCUAUCUCCCAGGGCCCCGGCCCCUCCCACCUCCUGCAGGAAGUCCUCCCUGACCCCUGGCAGGGUGACCCUUGUUGUGCCUUCCUCCCUGCACACCUGCCAUCUGUUUGAACUCUUUAGCACUUUGGUGGCUUGCUCAUCUCUCCAGCUAGACCAUGGGCCUCAAGGGGGCAUUCAGGUGAUGGUCUUUGCCUGCUGAAGGCAGGAUUAAUUUGCAGUCUCUGCCCGUCUGUACCUGAGGAGUUUGCAGAAAAGACAGCAAAAGGGGAAUAAAAAGUUCUUGAGUAAACAAUACUUCACUCCU